GAGUCCCUUCUAGUUUCUUUUCUCUUCUCAACGAAAUCGCUCAAAGCCUCAAACCAAACGACGUGUACGAAACUCUCUUUUACCAAAGGAAAUCCCCGAAGCGUAUAUACCAGAUUGCGCCAUUCUCCAAAAAUUCCUUAUCCCUUAAACCACAGACGAAAUCACAGCACCAUCUAAGGCGACCGAAAGCACCUCAACUUGUCGAGAACCCAAGCAGACCUCUCACUUACUACGGGAGGUACUACCGAACCUCCCGCCCGAAAUCAUCAUCGAUAUACUACCGAGGCUUCCAGUCAAGUCUCUGCUGCGAUUCAGGUGCGUUUCCAAAUCGUGGCGUUCCUUGAUUUCUCAACCCGAAUUCGCGAAAACCCAUCUCAGUUUAGCGUCUAGGAAUAACGAUAAUGGAUACCAUAGACUCGUUCUAAGCGAUCAGGAUGGCUAUACUGGAGUCAAUUGCUCUCUUUACUCUAUUUCGAAUGAGCAAUCUGAUAAUACUGCUCUUAAGCUUGAUUGCCUUGUGAAAGGACCUUUUUGUGGAGAAAGGAUUGUGGGUUGCUGUAAUGGUUUGGUGUGCAUUGUUACUGAAAGGGAAGUACGUAUAUGGAACCCAUCUACUAGGAAAUCCAAGAGAUUCCCGAAUGUUGGAAAGCAGUACCAUUAUAGUGGGAGGAAUGUGAUGUAUGGGUUUGGUUAUGAUGAGUCUAUUGAUGACUACAAGGUGGUGGGAUUCUUUCGUAACCUAAAUAGUAGUCUUGAGGUUGAAGUGCAGGUGUGUACAUUAAGGACUCAUUCCUGGAGGAGGAUUGGAAUUGGAAGCUUUCCUCUUUGUCUUCCUUCAGAUGGUUUAGUGGCAAAUUUGAAUGGGAUAUUUGUGAGUGGGGCGCUCCAUUGGUUUUUGGGUGGCAGUCGCAGUAGGAUUAUUGUUUCUCUUGAUUUGGCGAAGGAGACGCAUGGAGAGGUUAUGGAACCUCAUUACCAACGUGGUACUAGUUUGUAUAAGAUUCGGUUUCGGUUGGAUGUCUUAAAUGGAUGCCUCUGUAUACUCGCUACCUACUAUGAUUGCACUGAUGUUUGGGUAAUGAAGGAAUAUGGUAUUAGAGAGUCCUGGGCCAAGUUGGUUACCAUAACUUAUGCAGCACAUCCUUUUGAUGGGUACUUGUACUCCCAACCAUUGUGCAUUUUGGCGAAUGGUGAAAUUUUACUCGAUAUCCAGUGGCAAUUAGCUCUGUACAACUGCAAAGAUGGCACAUUUAGCUAUCCUAUGAUUCAAAUUUUUUCGUCUUUUUCUGUGCAUACCUACGUUGAGAGUCUAGUCUCGCCUGACACUGAUGUUGAUAGUGGGGUUUAGUGGUGACACCAACGCUAAUGGGGAUGAAGGAACUGAGGUUGAGAUGUGUGAUUUCCGAAAUCAAAUUGCAUAUAUGGAAGGCUCCGUGAAUUGCUUACGACUUUGGCAUCUAAUGAGAGCUGGAGUAAUACUCUUCAUUUGCUUUUAUUUGUAAUACUUGGGCGGUUGGCAUAUUUCUAUUAUGUACAUAUUCGUUCCUGAGAUUUUUGAAAUAAUAGUACUGUCAUAUGGAUCUA